UGGCUGCGGGCUCGGGCCCGCCCACUCCCAGCUCGCCAUGGCGUCCCAGCUCCGGCUCGGCUCUGCGCUGGCCUUGGUCACAGGUGCGGGUAGCGGCAUUGGCCGCGCGGUCAGUGUGCGCCUGGCCCGGGAGGGGGCCGCCGUGGCCGCCUGCGACCUGGACCAGGCAGCAGCCCGGGAGACCGUGGGACUGCUGGGAGGACCGGGAAGUGAAAGGGGGGCGCCCGGCGGGAACCACACUGCCUUCCAGGCUGACGUGUCUGAGACCACGACUGCCAGGCGCCUGCUAGAGCAAGUGCAGGCCUGCUUUUCUCGCCCGCCAUCUGUCGUUGUGUCCUGUGCAGGCAUCACUCGGGAUGAGUUUCUGCUCCGCAUGUCUGAAGAUGAUUGGGACAAAGUCAUAGCUGUCAACCUCAAGGGCAUCUUUUUAGUCACUCAGGCUGCAGCCCAAGCCUUGGUGUCCAGUGGUUGUCGCGGCUCCAUCAUCAACAUCAGUAGCAUUGUUGCAAAGGUGGGGAACAUGGGGCAGACAAACUAUGCUGCAUCCAAGGCAGGAGUGGUUGGGCUGACCCAGUCGGCAGCCCGGGAACUCGGACGAUAUGGGAUCCGCUGUAACUCUGUCCUCCCAGGGUUCAUUGCAACACCUAUGACACAGAAAAUGCCACAGAAAGUAAAGGACAAGGUGAAUGGAAUAAUCCCAAUGGGACACUUCGGGGACCCUGAGGAUGUGGCAAAUGUGGUUGCAUUCUUGGCCUCUGAAGACAGCGGAUACAUCACAGGGGCCUCCGUGGAAGUCUCUGGAGGUCUUUUCAUGUAACUGCUUCAAGGACCCUGGACUCGGCUCACUCCCCCACUGCUCCCCUGGCCUCCUGCUGAUGAGGACGCUAAGUUCCCAGGCCACAAAAGGGGUGGCGGUGUAUGGCCGGGAAUGCUGAAUAUGGGAGGCAGGGGUGCUUGUGACCCUAAUAAAUUCCAAAUCCUCUUCCCUGCCA